UCUCUGUCGACGACGCUACUGGGACCGACUUCUCCUUUUGCCGCUCGCGAUUUUCAUAAACGUGGCUGUAACGACUUCCUACUUUAUGUACUUCGUGUAAUGUCCUUUGGUGCGAUAUUAUAAAGACACAGUAGCGCCGAAAGUGCAGGAUUUCUUUUGUUUCUUUUUUUUUUUAAAUCGGUAUAUAAUAAUCUGUGGUGAAAUCAACUGUAGAGUGAAGCACGACGGAAACAGUGUAAAUACGAGCGAAGGAGCUUUCAGUUGAUCCAUAUAAACCACAGGUGGUUUUUUUAUUUGGUCGACUGUUCUUGGUUCACCUGCGAUGGCAGUUGCGAUUAGCACGCGGCAAUCGUAUCAGUGUUACUAUUACUGGUGAUUUUUUUUUUUUUUUUUAUCACCAUAGAUUUUUACUUUUUAAUUGUAAGGUAGUAUUAGUCGGGUAUAAAUCGUUUCUGCCCUGGUGAUAUAUGCUGAAGAAACUACACUUUGGGUGAUCAUGUUCACGAGCAUCGUGAGGACGAGCAGGUUGUUCGUUUUGGUAUUGCUGUUCCACAGAGUUGUGGGCCUUGGUCUUCUUCUGGAGGAGGAAAAGGAGCCAAGUUACCUGACCGCAGCCGUCGGCGAGAACGUCAUCUUCGAUUGCGAUCUUGACUUUCCGCACGACAUACCGAUACCCUACAUACUCCACUGGAAUCGUGAUGGAGAGACGAUAUUCUCUUGGUACGAUGGCACGGUAUCAGCGGUCCACGGCUACUCGGGUCGUAUGCACCUGAUUGAGGACGCGCAGGCCCGUGGCUACGGUUUGGGCAGCGUCAAUUUGACCAAUAUCCGGGAAAGCGAUCAGGGCUGGUACGAGUGCAAGGUCAUAUUUCCGAACAGGACGCCCAGCUCGAGGAAUAAUGGCACCUGGUUCCAACUGUCCAUCGACGGUGUGCUGCCGUCGACCAAUGUUCCAGGCGAGACGCUUCUGGCGGUGCCACCCAUCAACAAGACCGUCAUGGAAGGCGAUCCAGUGUCUUUUGACUGCAUCACUAAGAGCAAUAAGUCCACCAUCGCCUGGUACCGCGAGGGGCGUGAGAUCAUAAAACAACAGGAUCUUAUGGAACGCGUUACCAUAGGUGCCGAUGGAUCUUUAAUUAUCAGCCCAACAUUGAUGGGUGAUCUUGGCGAAUACAGCUGUACAGUGACUAAUGAAUAUGGUGAAACUCAAAGCGGAUCUGCCCAUCUUAAUGUGCAAUACAAGGCAAAAGUUAUAUUCGCACCCAAAGAAGUGUAUCUCCCUUACGGAAAGCAUGCUCUUCUGGACUGCCAUUUUCGUGCCAAUCCACCAUUGACCAACUUGAGAUGGGAAAAGGACGGAUUUCUCUUUGAUCCUUACAACGUGCAGGGAGUAUUUUACAGAAGAAAUGGUUCGCUCUUUUUCAGCAAAGUCGACGAAACUCAUGCUGGCAGUUACUCCUGCACACCUUACAAUGUACUUGGCACCGAAGGACCAAGUCCUCCAAUCACAGUAAUAGUUCAGCGACCUCCAGUUUUUACAGUAACCCCUCAACAUUUGUAUAUGCGCAAGCUUGGUGAUACUCUGGAAAUACCUUGUGACGCUAGAGACGGUGAUAUUAACCAUCGACCCACUAUAGUAUGGUACAAAGAUGGAACACCUCUAUCACCCGAGAGAAUGCUGAUGAGAGGUGGUAACUUGACGAUCGAAAGAAUCCAAGAACAAGACAGAGGCAUGUACCAAUGUGCAGCCAGCAACGAAGCAGCCACGGUAGUAGCAGAUGCAGAAUUAAUGGUCCUGAACGUUCCACCUCGAGCUCCUUACAAUCUAAGUGCCAAUAGCACCAAAAACGCUGUUACCCUUACAUGGAUACCGGGAUACGUUCGGCCAAAGAUGGAAUAUUCAAUAUGGUACCGACCCACCGAUACGUCAGAAUGGAGGACAAUGAGAAUAGUGUCGAGGAAAAUCACAGAAGCAACAGUUGGUAAUCUAACGCCAGGGAAGGAAUAUGAGUUUAUGGUGCUGAGCCAAGACAAACAUGGCGAUGGGAUGUUCAGCAAAACUGUUCGAGUAUACACGCAACCCAAAGCCGAUAGUCUUAAUGUUGCGUCAGAGUUUAAAAUUUCUCUAGAUAACGCUAAUGGUGAAUUGGGACCACCGCGUAAUAUUCGAGUUCAGCCCACUGUGGAAGGCUACCUUGUGACUUGGGAUCCCCCAACUUCUGGGAAAGAUCAGGUGAAAUUCUAUACCGUAAGAUGGUUUAGAGGACCUUCGGAGCACUUGUAUGGUAGAGCAGAAACAACUGAUACUUAUUAUUUAGUGAAAUCAUUAGAAGAAGAAAAUUACUACACAUUCGAGGUCAUCGCAACAUCAACGAAUGAUGACAUAAUGGUCAGCGAUCGAUUUACCCUGGAAGUUCCAGCGUACCGGAGAAACCGUGCAAUUUCCAUGGGCAUAGUUGCUGGCCUUGGCUUCUUAGCUGCAGCGCUCGGAGCUAUUUGGUGGGCAAAAAAACGCUUUUGUCAAAAUCCACCGGGUGAAAAAUGAUGUUUCAACAAUUGAUCGACAAAUUAUGAUAGAAUAUUAAGUUUUUUCAUUGUACACGACACUUUGUGUGCUCAUAUUAUUGCGGCGUAAAAAUAUGAGAUGAGAUUUUUUUUAUUCAUAUCCUAUACUUUGUAUGCAUUUUUUGAGGUUGGUGGUUUGAAUGUAUUUCAAUAUGUAAGUUCAUAGUAUUAAACCAAGAAUAAUGUCUUUUUACACGUCAAGCAAGACGAAUAAUUUAUGUUUAGAAGUUUGAUGAAAAAUUAACGAGAAUAGAAUUUGUUUUCAACAUGUUUUAAAAAUACAAA